AUGGAGGAUUAUAGCCACAUAAGCGAGGCCUCUGGCUCUCGGAGCUUCCUGUACGGUACCCCAGCUCUAUCAGCUUCUGCUGCUAGUGUUACUGUGUACGGAUCACGAGGUAGUAGUGGGUCCAACCCGACUCAGAUGCCCGUAAGCGGGUUCAUUAAUCUUCAAGCGAGCGAGUGUUACUCUGGCUCGCCGAUGGUGAAGGCUGAAGGGGGAACUUUAUCGUCACACCAUGUUCAGAGAUUUCAUCAGUAUCAUCAAGAAGGGAAUGAAGAGGGUUGGAGUGAUGUCGAGGCCAUAAAGGCCAAGAUCAUGGCUCACCCUCACUACUCCAAUCUGUUGGAAGCUUACAUGGAUUGUCAAAAGGUGGGAGCUCCUCCGGAGGUGGUGGCGAGGCUCACUGCCGUUCGCCAGGAAUUUGAGGCGAGGCAACGAGGUUCAAUGGCUAGCAGAGAUGCUUCAACUUCAAGAGACCCGGAACUCGAUCAGUUCAUGUGUAAAAGUCCUUCUGUUGCUACGGAGCCUGAGAACUCCAAUUUGCAGGAGGCGUAUUACGACAUGCUGGUGAAGUAUAGAGAGGAGCUCACAAGGCCAUUACAGGAAGCUACUGAGUUCAUGCGAAGGGUUGAAACCCAACUCAACACACUCAACAACGGCCCAGUCUCGAUCUUUCCCUCGGGUAAUUACUAUUUUCUCUCUUCGCACUACGGAUGCCGUAGAGAGAGACAUAGAGUCAGCAGGCACACUCUGCAAUUUUACCCAUCAUGGAUAAUGCGCUUAGAAGAAUUUAGCAGCGGUCACAAACAAUGCUAA